AUGGGGACGGCGCGGGCGGCCGGGGCCCCUCUCCGGGGUCUGGUGGCGCUGGAGGCGAAGCUGGACGUCCUGGGGCAGAAGCUAGAGGCGCUGCUGUUGGGCCCGCCGCGGCCCGCCUGCGCUUUCUGCGGCGCCUGCAGUGCCCACGCCGCACAGCAGGAGGCGAUACUGAGCGCGCUCACGGCCCAGGCCCACCGGCUGCACAGCCUGGAGAUGCUGCUCCCCGGGGGCCCGGAGGGCCGGAACGGCGGGGCCACACCGGGCGCUCAGAGCGGAGCCACGCCCGGGCAGGAGGGCCGAGGCGGCCCUCAGAAGCUUCCGUGCUGCAGGACCUCCGUGCCGGUCAGAAACUCCUGCGGAGAGGCAAAGGAGGGCACUGUCCCCACAGCGGAGAAGAGAAACCAGGCCGUAAAACAGCACAUCUUUGUGACACUCCAGAAGGGUGUCCCGGCACAGGUGAAGAACGACGUGAGGAGGGACAAGGCUACGAGCGUGGAGAAAGCACCUGCUCCCCCACAGGACAGAGAGUCAAAGCCCAGGUUUAUCCCCACAGCGCCCUGUUUCACACAGCCAGCACCCUCGCUCAGCUCCAGGGGAAAGACACAGAAACCUGGCGCCCCUAAAACAGGGCUGGCCCCUAAAACAGGGCUGCCGGGUCACGAGCCCCCUCAUACAGGGACAGGGGCCGUGAGGAACGAUGGCAGGAGGGCCAGUGGAUCCCUGUCUCACACCGGCCAGGGCUGGGCUGAGGCGCAGAGUUACCUUGGGGGAGCCCUGUCUCACACUGGCCAGGGCUGGGCUGAGGAGCAGAGCCACCCUGGGGCAGCCCUGUCUCACACUGGCCAGGGCAGGGCUGAGGAGCAGAGCCACCCUGGGGGAGCCCUGUCUCACACUGGCCUGGGCAGGGCUGAGGACCACACUGGGGACGGUUCAUCCUGUAAACCCCCGGGACAGAUCCGUACAGAGGUUACCAUGACGCCCCCUCCACCGUCGUCAGGGACAACGACGGUGACGACGACGUCCAUGACCCCAAGUCUCCCACAGGGACAGCUGCUGGCGGUGACUGUUCCCAAGCUGACGACAGGCGACAGCCAUAGUUCGCUCAGACACACAGGUAGUGCAGGUGCAGGGGUCCCAGCAGUGCUGGCGAAACCACCUGCUGCCCCAGGCAUUAAGAUCACAGUGAGCACAGCACCCGACGGCACCUUGCGCCCAGACACGGCCAAGGCCACGUCCGCCGUCUGCCAGAAAAUACUCGACGAUGACCCGCCUCACCCCGCGCCCUUCCCCCAUCGCGUGGUGACCCUGCGGCCCAGCCAGCCCCACGACACUUACGUCAUCAACACUCGGGAGGUCCUGGGGGGGGGUCGGUUUGGCACAGUGCACCGCUGCACAGAGAAAGCAUCGGGGCUGAAACUGGCAGCAAAAAUCAUAACGGCGCGAAGUGCGAAAGAGAAGGAUAUGUCGCUUAAUGAGAUACAGGUGAUGAACCAGCUGAGCCACCCCAACAUCAUCCAGCUGUUUGAUGCCUACGAGGUUCGGAACCAGGUGGUUCUGAUCCUGGAGUUUGUGGGAGGCGGCGAGCUGUUUGAGAGGAUUUUAGACGAGAGCUUCCCACUCACAGAGCUGGACGCCGUGAUCUUUGUGAAGCAGAUCUGUGAGGGGAUUCAGUACAUGCACCAGAUGUAUGUUCUACACCUGGACCUAAAGCCUGAGAACAUCCUCUGUGUGAAUCGCAAUGGGCACCAGGUGAAGAUCAUUGACUUUGGGUUGGCCAGGAGAUAUAAGCCGCGAGAGAAUCUCCGCGUUUCAUUCGGCACUCCAGAGUUCCUGGCGCCCGAGAUAGUAAACUUUGACUUUGUGUCCUUCCCCACAGACAUGUGGACAGUGGGGGUCAUCACCUACAUGCUGCUGAGUGGCCUGUCCCCCUUCAUGGGAGAUGAUGACACCCAGACCCUGAACAACGUGCUCAGUGUGAACUGGUACUUUGACGAGGAGGGCUUCGAGCACGUCUCCCCCCAGGCCAAAGACUUUGUGUCCAACCUGCUGAUCCGGGAGAGGAGUGGGCGCCUGAGUGCUGGGCAGUGUCUCAGACACCCCUGGCUGCACAGCCUCCAGGACAGAGCCAAACACAGCAACGUCCUGCUCAGGUCCCAGGUCCAGCUGAGGAAGUACAUGGCCAAGCGCCUGUGGAAGAAAAAUUACAUCGCCAUAGCGGCAGCCAACAGGUUUAAGAAGAUCAGCAGCUCUGGGUCUCUCACCAGCCUGGCCAUCUGAAUGGGACACAGACCUGUGUAACCCAGAGCAGCCCAAGCUUUGGCCAUCGAACCUUCCACAGCAGUCCUACUCCAACCCACGCCUUUUCCGGCCGCAGAGGAACUCGUGCUGCCAAUUAACAUGGAGUCAGUUCUGCACAGAUGAAACCAGAGGCCAAUUAUGUCUUUCAUAUUUCUCUCUCAUCGAUCGUCAUCGUUUUUACAAUUUCUAUUGCUAUUGUUCUAAGCAUAAGUGAAGGAAAUUCAUCUUUAUCUCCCGGUGCAGAACUUUUCCAGCCUAAAUAUAAACAAGCCCAGAAUUUCAUGCUGUAAUACUUUGAAGAAAUCCGUUUAGAAACUAAAUAAAUAAAUGUGAUUUGUUUCAGAAUAA